CCCCCUGCGCCCUCCUCCGCUCCGGGCCAGCGCGGCGGCGGCGGCAGCAGCAGGAGCAGCCCCGGCUGCGGGUCGCGACGGCGGCGGGGCGCCCCCUCCCCCGUGCCGGGGCGCGGCGGAGGGAUGUGGGGCUUUGCGGGAGGAAGGCUUUUCGGCAUCUUCUCGGCCCCAGUGCUGGUGGCGGUGGUGUGCUGCGCCCAGAGCGUGAACGAUCCUGGGAACAUGUCCUUUGUGAAGGAGACGGUGGACAAGCUGUUGAAAGGCUACGACAUUCGCCUAAGACCCGACUUCGGGGGUCCCCCGGUCUGCGUGGGGAUGAACAUCGACAUCGCCAGCAUAGACAUGGUUUCCGAAGUCAACAUGGAUUACACCUUGACCAUGUAUUUUCAACAAUACUGGAGAGAUAAAAGGCUCGCCUAUUCUGGGAUCCCUCUCAACCUCACGCUGGACAAUCGAGUGGCUGACCAGCUCUGGGUGCCUGACACAUAUUUCUUAAAUGACAAAAAGUCAUUUGUGCAUGGAGUGACAGUGAAGAACCGCAUGAUCCGCCUCCACCCCGACGGGACGGUGCUCUACGGGCUCAGAAUCACCACGACCGCAGCAUGCAUGAUGGACCUGAGAAGAUACCCUUUGGAUGAGCAGAACUGCACUCUGGAGAUUGAAAGCUAUGGCUACACCACAGAUGACAUUGAAUUUUACUGGCGCGGUGGUGAUAAGGCUGUUACUGGAGUGGAGAGAAUUGAGCUCCCACAGUUCUCCAUCGUGGAGCAUCGUCUGGUCUCCAGGAAUGUUGUCUUUGCCACAGGUGCCUACCCUCGGCUCUCACUGAGCUUUCGGUUGAAGAGAAACAUUGGAUACUUCAUUCUCCAGACCUACAUGCCCUCUAUCCUAAUUACAAUUCUCUCAUGGGUGUCCUUCUGGAUCAAUUAUGAUGCAUCUGCGGCUAGAGUUGCCCUUGGGAUCACCACCGUGCUGACCAUGACGACCAUCAACACACAUCUUCGGGAGACGUUGCCCAAAAUCCCCUAUGUCAAAGCCAUUGACAUGUACCUCAUGGGCUGCUUUGUCUUUGUGUUUCUGGCCCUUCUGGAGUAUGCCUUUGUCAACUACAUUUUCUUUGGAAGAGGCCCUCAAAGGCAGAAGAAGCUUGCGGAAAAGACCGCCAAGGCAAAGAAUGACCGUUCAAAGGGUGACAGCAACCGGGUGGAUGCUCAUGGAAAUAUUCUGUUAACAUCGCUAGAGGUUCACAAUGAAAUGAAUGAGGUCACAGGUGGCAUUGGUGAUACCAGGAAUUCAGCAAUAUCCUUUGACAACUCAGGAAUCCAGUACAGGAAACAGAGCAUGCCUCGGGAAGGGCAUGGGCGACACAUGGGGGACAGAAGCAUCCCGCACAAGAAGACCCAUCUACGGAGGAGGUCUUCACAGCUCAAAAUUAAAAUCCCUGAUCUAACCGAUGUGAAUGCCAUAGACAGAUGGUCCCGGAUCGUGUUUCCAUUCACUUUUUCUCUUUUCAACUUAGUUUACUGGCUGUACUAUGUUAACUGAGUGACUGUACUUGAUUUUUCAAAGACUUCAUUUAACACUGAGUGAAAUAUUACUCUGCCUGUCAAGUUUUUAUACCUGUACACACACAGACACACACACACACAGACACACACAUAUAUACAUACGCAAUUGUAUAUAUAUGUGAACUUUCUCAGCAUAUAUAUAAAAUACACGUGUAUAUGAGGAUGUAUGUGUAUAUGUUUAUACACACAGGUGUAAGUACCCAUGUGUAUGUCAAACAAAUACACAUACAUAUAUACAUUUUGCAGCUAUGGACAAUUUAACACAGGAUGCAUAUUAAAGAAAGUCAUAGUUUUUUCUUUUUUAAUUGAAAGGGACAAGCAUCGUCUAAAUAUUAUGCCUUGAGAAUGAGGGCACGAAACACAAUAUCAUCCCAAAAUGUGUCUUUUACUAUCAUUAGUUAGAUGUUUUAGUUUAAAAAUCAGGAAGAAACUUAGUUAUUCUUCGAAAACUCAUACAGUGGUAUUGCUAGUUUAAAACCAGUCACACUUCAUACCCUCUCUUUCAGUUUAUUAAGUGAAGGCUUUUCGGCUUUCUUGGCAAUGGGAUUUGUUUUCGUGGGGCAGACCUUUUCUGUACGGUUCCAUGGGUGGGGUGAGCCUCUGGUAUGCGCUCACCUGUUUCUUAAACAUAGGUAGAGCCCACAUUGAUGUCUGCACGUCCAUCUUUUGAAAGCCCAUCGGGGAUGGAUGGCAUCUCAUUGUAAGUACUCUGCUGUACAGUGUAUUUCUCUGCUCACUUGGAGUGGAUCCAGCUUCCGCAUCAUGUGGGACACGGCAGCACAUUUUGGCAAAGUUGAGUUGACAUUUCAGUUAGUGAACACGUGCUCUACAUCUCUUAUGGAUUUCUAGGCCUGGUAUCUAACGGAAAGCUUAGACGUCUCAGGUUAUUUGUUACUCUAAAGUAAAACCAUCUAGGAUGAAUUUCCCCCUUGUCUUUAAGUUAUCAAUCACUCAUAACAUUGUAUGUUAAUAUCAAAUAUAUUUGCAUAAUAUGCAUAUAUAUGUAUAUUUACCAAGAUUUUCUUUCUUACUCUUGCUAUCAUGGCAGCAUGCAAUGUCAUAUUUUCUUUCUGUGAUGUAACUACUUUCUGUUCUCUAGAAUUAAGAUUGAAACGAAAAACAUUUCUGUUCAAUUUCAGAAACCAAGAAACAUCCUCAUGCCUUUAUUUCUAUAUCUGACAUAUUUCACAAGCACAUCCAACUACUCCUAGUGUAACUAGGAUGCUGCAGGAACACGACCAGUCCACACCAUGCAUCACCCAGGGACCCAUGACCGUUCUCUUGAGGCAAAGGAGAGCAACAUGACAACAAACACAGUCACUUUUGGUUCCUUCUGAUCCACAGCCUCAUCAGUAUUUGGACUUUUUAAAGCUCGUAGAAACAAGACAAGGUGCACCGGUUUCAUAGAUGCAACCUUAACUUACUAUUUAGAUGAGAUCUUUCUAAAGAAAAAAAAAAGAGAUGAUAUAUUUUUUGUAAACAAUAUUUCUAUCACAGGCAUCCAUAAACUGAAAUGACUACAGUUGUGCAAACAGAUGUCACAGUGAAGUUAAGCAUUUGGAGAAACAAAAAAGCAAAAUAUUCAGAAAGAACUGCUAAAUUAAUACUUUAUCCCAAAAUGCCACAUAUGCCUCACCCUCUCUGUUCUAUCCAAAACCAAUGACCAGAGUCUCGCCCAGUAUUCUCAGAGCUGACCCCAGUUUUCCCCACUGGUAGGGGUACCACCCUCCUUGCGGGUGUAUGUGCUGUGGGCUAUCCCCAGCAGCUGACCACUACUUGAUUUACCUUGGUGGCUGAUGACAACCUUUAAUUUGUAAGAGUUUGUAACAGGUCAAACCCACCAUCAGGUAGUACACAGACCACAAAGUCUCAUGCUAGAAGCAGUGACCAAUUUUUAUACCCUUUCCCCUCUUUCAUUCUUAUCUUUUUUCAGCAUCUUCUCCCAACCACUGCUCUCUGGUUUUACUUUUAUCUGGAGACUAGCCAGUGACUUCUUGUUCCUUGGCUUUUUUCUGACAAUUUUUUUUCAUGGGUAACAAUGGGGGAAUCCUAAAAGUUAAACAGAUUGGGAAAAACCUUGUAAGUGGCCUUAUCAUUGUUAACAUGUUAAAGAAAAAAAAAAAAAGGACAUUGUGAAGACCUUAUCCCUUUCAAUACUUCAGGUAUCUUCUUCUGUAUCAGUGAUUCAAGGAGUGAGCUCCACAUGCAGAAGAGGGACCCCAAAAUGCAAAUGAACAUGGACAAAAGUGUCAACGGUUGAUUUAAAUGUACAAUUUAUAUAUUCAGAACUGUGACAUUAAUUCUUUCUGGGAGAAAAGUGAUUCAAAAUGUUUUUGAUGCAUAGUUAAGGUACCCAACUGUCAGAAGCAGAGACCCCGUGGGGCUCAGAAGAACUGCAGUCUACGUCCCAAGAUUUUCUGGAUAUAAAUUUGCAUGGUAUAGUCAUAAUAGCUUUUGAGCUUUUUAUAUGCAUUUGGCACCGAGACUGGGAUCCACAACUUUGUAGACACUACAAUGACGUUAAACAUAAUAGCUAUACUAUAAAUAGUGUUUGUAACUACACACACACGCGCGCACACACACACAAUUACAUACAUAUAUUCUGUAAAAAAAAAAAAAAAGACUUUUUGAGAUCCUUGGGUAUGUGUUUGCUUUACUCCAUUUUAGAAGAAAAUUACUCUUCUUCUAAUAAAAUUAUUUUAUAGCUUCUCCAUUUUUAAAAGCUGUGAGAAAUGUUGAGAAGCAGAACUCUGUGCUGCCAGAAGAGAGUCGAGGUUGGCUCUCUGUUCUAUUACAAUGCCCUUUCAUUACUGCACAGCAGUUCCUGGAGCCAGUGAGUGUGGUGUAUUGAUAAAUCUGAACGCGGACCCCUGGCAUAAUGUGAGGUGGUUGUUACCCUUGUCCAGACCUCUUGAGUAAGGAGAGAAAAGUUGAAAUUGGAAUCUAAUGGUAUCUCUUUCUCAACAACUGAACGUAAUAAAAAGUUGAUUUUCUACAUAGCCCUGUCUUUCCAAAAUGCUUCACAGGGGCUCAAAGCAUACAGAAGAAUCUUGUUAUGAGUUUGUUAUUACCCAUAUUCGAAUAUAAGUAUAUUCAAGACAAUCCCAGAGCCCUACUACAUAAAAUCCCGAUAGAAAAGGAUGGAUAACACAGAGUAAUCUUUAAAACAAGUAUUGUUCUUGUUCACCAGCCCCAGGACUGUAGGGGGUUUCACUGUCUAUACCAUGACCCACUCGUUUUCCUCUGAUCUUAGUGACCUCAGUGUAUAUCAUGAUAAUGUUCCUGUCCCAUGUAUAUGUGUAGUACCAUGUGUUUCUAGUGCCAGCACCCAGAACUUUGGACAUGUUCAGUCGUUGACAUCAAGACACUUCUCACCGUCCAGCUAUGGGAUUAACGUUUUCACCAAGGAGAUCAUCCUCUCAGAGGUGAUGCCAAGCACGUGGGGACUGGUUUUAAGGGGACAGGCAUACUGCAGCUGGAGGUGUUCAUUUUCAGCAUCUCAUAGAUAAUCCCAUUGGUGUUUGUCCCACAAUAGUGUCUUCUAAAAAAGAGGAUGUGUCCAACUUUGAAUCUCCUGGCUUGAAAUGAUAAACCAUCCCAUAAUUCUUAAUUUAGCUCUCCAUCUGAAAACCAGUUCAUAUUUAGGGCCAUUUUAAUGUAAGCAAAACUGAACAAUCAGUGAAAUAUUUUGUUACUUGUGGAAUAGAGUCCAGCUCUCACCUUACAUGAGCUAUUGGUCAGGGCAACAUUGAAUCGUGGAGCAAAGAGCUGCCCAGGUGGAUUAAAUUUUCCCAGGACACAACUAGUGUGCCUUGGAUUGAUUAUUACCUCUUCUACUGCAUUGAAAGGUGCCAUGUUUUCCUGAAAUUCCCAGCACCUGGGUAAAUAGCAGCCUCCCAGAGAGUGACUCAUGUACCAUGCCUCUCCCUAGGGCAAGCCCCAGAAACAAUUUUGUCAUUCUUGUCUCAUAUUUCUACUUCAUGAGUCAGUGAGUGUGUUCAAGGUAAGUACAGGAUUAUUCUAAUAGGAAUAGGCGAUUGCUGUCAUGAUCAAUUCCCGCAUUGAUUUCAUUUCAUUGUAAAGAUCAAUUAAAACCCAAUUUUGCUUAAGCACAUUGAUGUAAUUUUUUUGGUAUUAUUUGACAUGAAAAAAACAGCAAAACUGAGUGAUAGAUACAAUAUGAAACUUGUUGAUGAAUGACUUCAAAUUUAUUAAAAAAGGACUAACUGA